GGGCCGGAGCAGCUCAGUGCCAGCCGGGGAGGGUCGAGCCCUGAGCGGGGACUGAGCGCGGGGUGUGAGAGGGUGGGCGAGGGGAGCGAACCGGCGACGGGCGGACCGGCUGCCUCAGGAUGUUCAGCUGGAUGGGGCGGCAGGCUGGCGGGCGCGAGCGCGCGGGCGGCGCGGACGCAGUGCAGACGGUGACUGGGGGCCUGCGCUCGCUCUACCUGCGCAAGGUGCUGCCGCUGGAGGAGGCGUACCGCUUCCACGAGUUCCACUCGCCAGCGCUGGAGGACGCCGACUUCGAUAACAAGCCCAUGAUCCUGCUGGUGGGCCAGUACAGCACGGGCAAGACCACCUUCAUCAGAUACUUACUGGAGCAAGAUUUCCCAGGCAUGAGGAUUGGCCCAGAGCCCACCACCGAUUCCUUCAUCGCUGUGAUGUACGGGGAGACUGAGGGCAGCACCCCAGGCAACGCUUUAGUCGUGGACCCCAAAAAGCCCUUCCGAAAGCUUAGUCGCUUUGGAAAUGCUUUCCUGAAUCGAUUCAUGUGCUCCCAGCUGCCCAAUCAGGUCCUGAAGAGCAUCAGCAUCAUCGAUAGUCCCGGCAUCCUUUCUGGGGAGAAGCAGCGCAUCAGCCGAGGCUAUGACUUCUGCCAGGUCCUACAGUGGUUUGCAGAGCGAGUCGACAGGAUUAUCCUGCUCUUCGAUGCUCACAAACUGGACAUCUCAGACGAGUUCUCGGAGGCCAUCAAGGCCUUCCGCGGCCAAGAUGACAAGAUCCGCGUGGUACUGAACAAGGCCGACCAAGUGGACACGCAGCAGCUGAUGCGCGUCUACGGGGCCCUCAUGUGGUCCCUGGGCAAGGUCAUCAACACACCCGAGGUCCUUCGAGUCUACAUCGGCUCUUUCUGGGCACAGCCCCUACAGAACACUGAUAACCGCCGGCUCUUCGAGGCCGAGGCCCAGGACCUCUUCAGAGACAUCCAGAGCCUUCCGCAGAAGGCGGCCGUGCGCAAACUCAACGACCUCAUCAAGCGAGCGAGGCUGGCCAAGGUACAUGCCUACAUCAUCAGCCACCUGAAGAAGGAAAUGCCAAGUGUAUUCGGAAAGGAAAACAAGAAGAGAGAGCUUAUCAGCAGAUUGCCAGAAAUCUACCUUCAGCUGCAGCGAGAAUACCAGAUUUCUGCCGGGGACUUCCCAGAGGUCAAGGCAAUGCAGGAACAGCUCGAGAACUACGACUUCACCAAAUUCCACUCGCUGAAGCCCAAGCUGAUCGAGGCAGUGGACAACAUGUUGAGCAGCAAGAUCUCGUCCCUGAUGCACCUCAUCAGCCAGGAGGAGAUGAGCAUGCCCACGCAGCUCGUGCAGGGCGGCGCCUUCGACGGCACCACCGAGGGCCCCUUCAACCAGGGCUACGGGGAGGGUGCCAAGGAGGGCGCCGAUGAGGAGGAAUGGGUGGUGGCCAAAGACAAGCCCGUCUACGACGAGCUCUUCUAUACCCUGUCGCCUGUCAAUGGCAAGAUAUCGGGCGUCAACGCCAAGAAGGAGAUGGUGACAUCCAAGCUGCCCAACAGCGUCCUGGGCAAGAUCUGGAAGCUGGCGGACUGUGACUGUGACGGCAUGCUGGACGAGGAGGAGUUCGCACUGGCCAAGCACCUCAUCAAGAUCAAGCUCGACGGCUACGAGCUGCCCAACAGCCUGCCCCCCCACCUUGUGCCCCCCUCCCACAGGAAGUCCCUGCCGAAGGCCGACUGAGGGGUGGGCCGUUCACAGGGCAGGCAGCGGGGGGGUAGGCAUCAGGGACCUGUGCCUGAGGCCCGUGCCACUGCUGACUCACUGACCCUAGCCAAGGCACUGCCCUCUCUGUGCCUCAGUUUCCCCACCUAUGGAAUGAGGAGGGCACACACUGGACACUAGAUGAGGUUCUUUCACCUUUAAAAUUCCCCAAGUUUCUAUUAAAAUAUUGGGAGGAGGGCGUGGAUAAGGAGAUUGAAGGGUUAAGAAAAAAGAGAAAUUGACCAAAGAGUACUCCGAGGCCUGGAGAGACCUAGACGUGGAAGCGGGCUAUGCACAGCCAGACAGCCACAGGGAGUGAGCCGGGGGCUUUUCUGGAGCAGGGGGAGCCUUCCGCACUGGACCACAUCAUUGUGCACCUGCCUUGGCCCCUGUCUGUCCCUUAGAGGGCACCCAGAAGGAGCAAAUUGAUCUUAUUUAUUUCAUUUCCUGUUGUAUUGAGAGUGGAAAACAGCAGAGCACAGAGCGUUUCUGCUCUCUCCAGACCGCCUACCAAAGAGAAGACUGCUUCCCCUGGGGGUGAAAGGAGAGUCCCCUUUGCCUGUGUGCACCCCUGUCCCUCCUGCAGGCUCUAGCAGCACAGGCAACCAGGCCAGCAGAGAGCAUUUGUGACACCCGACACCCCCCUGACUAGCCCACCCAGAGCUCCCCCAACCUGGGCCCUUCCCAGCAAAAUUGCAUUCGGUUAGGAAUUUGGAAAUCAGAACCUUUAUUAGCCCUUGGCAAGAUUUCUAGUAUUCAAAUUAUACUGGAGUCUGAAGGUUGGUUUUUCUUACUGGUCUGUCCAGUAAUUUGUAGCAAAGUCUAUUUAUCAUAUUCAAACUAUAGUAAAGGAAUGAGGUGGUUCUCUGUAGUCAUCAGUGUGGUGACAGGUCCCCAAGGCCCCUUGGACGAUGGCAGGAUUUAAAUUCAGCAAAACCAUGUCUUGGUGCCUGCAGCGUGCUCGGUCUGGGGACACAAGGGAACGAGAGGUGAGCUUGCCCCAGGGUGUCAGGUAGAAAAGGUCAUUCUCUAGCUUUAGACGCUAUUUUUAUAAAAGAAAGAGAGAGAGAGAGAGAGAAAGAGAGAGAGAGAGAGAGAGAGAGAGAGAGAAAGAAAGAAAGAAAGAAAGAAAGAAAGAAAGAAAGAAAGAAAGAAAGAAAGAAAGAGGCAUCUUUAUUAUGUCCAGUUUUUCUUUCUUACAGGAAAAGCCUUUAUACAAACAGGAUGGCAUCUUUCAUAUGAAACCUUUUUCUUUAAAAGGCUGUGAGGUUCAAACCAUGCAUGCCCCUCACAAGGCAGGAUUGGGGCACAUCCCGCACGUGGAUUCCUGAGUGUUGUGUCUGAGUCCUGGUAUAAACCUCUCUGGUCCACACACUCCACUGCCUGUCAGAUGGAAGUGGUUAAUGCUCACUACCACCUUCCCUCCUUCGUGGGCUGCAGUUUGGGUAUUCAUUUCAUCAUUAUUUAUGCAAUUAAAAAAAGAGAGGCGCAAAAUGGUGAUGGCUGCACGGCAUGGGGCCCCACCAGCACCGAAGUGAAAUGAAGUCAGAACAGUCCCGCCUGAGCCUUCCAAAAGCCACAUUUUUUUUUUCUGAUGUUACCGGUGAUAUCAGGGUCAGAAGUACAGAAUUAAGAGUCAAUUUUUUUUUUUAUUUUGGGGAAGUAUUUAUCCAGAUGCCAGCCCUCGCACUCCCUAGUUCACUUUUUAAAUAAUGUCAUUUUAAGAGAAAUAAAUUCAUAAUAUGAUUUUUAGUCUUAAUGAGCACUUUUAAACUCAUUAGAAACCUAUAGAGGUUUAUAAUGUCACUACUCUCAUAUUAGCAGAUGGGUUGGUGAACGCGUGAGGACUGCCCCAGGGUGUACCCACAAGGGAGCCCACCAAAGGGCAAAACAGAAAAGAGAGAAUUCAUCGGUCCAAAGGUUUAGAGGUGCCAAGGUUCGCUGAUUUUCCACUCAGAACUAUCCUGCUCCUUUAAUCUUCUCAGUUGUCAUAUAUAAACACAUACACAUACAUACACCACAUGAGUAUGUGUUCUUGACACUUGUCAACAUGCAUAUAUGCAGAUAUGGCCAAGUGUCGUCUGUGCAGAGACAUACGGGAAAACUAUAUUAGAGGACCAGCAGACUGAGGUGUCUGCUUUCUACAGGAAAGGAAACUUCUUUUGGUGGUGUUGUGAUCCCUACCCCAUACGCUCAGGUGGGACAACAUCAGGCAGCUGCAUGCUUUCCCUGCUGAGAAAGAAAAAAGAAAAGAAGUCACAUGCCCACUUUUCUUAACAUCUCUUACAACAUGAAGUCAGUCAUCACGAAGAGUUGAUUGGAAAGAGCAAUGCCCCUGGAGGACAUUAGGGAUGGCUGCUAAGGCUGAGGACCCGUAUCUUCCCAGGACCCGCACAAAGUUCCCGGAGUCUGCGUCCAGAACCCCUCCUCGUGCAGCAGGGCUGGGGGACGGCAGAGCCCUCCCGAAUCUGUUCACACCGACCCAGCACGUGGCCCUCCCCACACCACCCAGUUUUCAAAGCACCCCCUCCCCGGAGUGUCUACAGCUGGGCGGGGUAAUGGAGGCAGGUAAACUCUAGCGCUGUGACACUCCCCACGCUCUCCACAAUCCCACGGCAGAAACUCUGCUUUCACAAGAUGCUGCAUAACACAAACCUCUGCAGCCUUGAGUUCAAGAGAAAAAGCAAGUUCAGGCUGAUCCUCCCGAAGACAGCUUCCAAGUCGUAAGCCUACUAAUGAGGCCCUCCUGAACCUACCUGCAAAGAAACGUUGCACCAAGACCUAUCAAAAACCUUCAGUUUCGUGGCGACGUGGGGACGCCCAACCUGCUCCAGCCUCAGGCUCCAGCCCAGCAUUGUACACCGAUACCUUCCUUACUGCGCUAUGCAGGGCCCAGGACUGGUUACUCUUCAGUGGGGAGGCCCGUUCAUUUAGCUGGCUCCCAUCCCUCCAGGGCUGGACUGGGUUCUCCUUGGAGCCCUUGUCAUUAUGCAGCAAUCACAUCUUUGGAUUUGGAGGUGUGACUCCUCCUGCAGGAUGGCAGGCCUUUGAGGAGCUGAAUUCUUGUGUGUCCGGGACUGGGUUUCCAGGUGGGUCAGAGAGCACAUGAGGAGAAGCCAAUGCCUCCCGCCCUCCUCUCGACCCCUGCUCAUUUUCGGCCCACUGGAGAAGCCUCAGCAGAACCGUGGCCCCACUGCCGCUGAGCACAGCCCUUUUUCAUGUUCCGCCGGUUCCCCCGGGGAGCCGCCUCUCCACCACACCAGGAAGGUCUCGUACCGCAGUCCGUUGUCCAGCGUGGGGUUUCACCACCAGUCAUGGCCCGACUGCCACCACUGGGACCUCCCCACUUUGCACCAUUACACGCCUUCGGUACUCCCAGAGCAGUACCCCAGACGAGUUGUCUUGAAGAAAAGGGAAGCAUUUAACAGCGGCACUGUGUAUUUCCUCCGUGGAAUGUAGCAGAGAAAUAACCUUCUUAGGACAGAUAACCACUGAGUUUAUCCAGGUGAACGUGGGCCUAAUUUAAGAGUGUAUCAGGUUACAUGUCAAUUAGCCAAUGCAGUUAAUACACAAUGCUUCUAUUUUUUUUUUUUUUUUUUUUUGUAAUCCUGUUUCCAGGUGUCAAAUAAAAAAAAGACACAAUCUGUUGAUCAAUAAACUUGUGAAAAAUUC